CGGGGGGCGGCGGGCCGCUUCCUGCUCCUGCUGGCAGCCGCCGCGCUCCUUCGCCUCCGCGCGGCAGGUGAGAUGGAAAUUCCAGAUUCAAAUGACCCCUUAGGUUAUGCAGAUGGACUUGAGAGACCAAUUCCGACACCUAAAGGUUAUUUCCUGACCUUCUUGGAACCAGUAAACAAUAUCACUGUAGUCCAGGGGCAAACAGCAAUCCUCCACUGCAAGGUAGCAGGAAAUCCAUCUCCAAAUGUCAGAUGGCUAAAAAAUGAUGCUCCAGUGGUUCAGGAGCCAAGACGGAUCAUCAUCAGAAAAACAGAUUAUGGCUCACGUCUGAGAAUCCAGGAUCUGGACACCACAGACACAGGAUACUACCAGUGUGUGGCUUCAAAUGGGAUGAAGACAAUAACUGCAACAGGAGUUUUGUUUGUCAGGCUUGGUCCAACAAACAGCCCAAAUCACAAUCUUCAAGAAGAUUACCAUGAAGAUGGGUUCUGUCAGCCAUAUAGAGGAAUUGCGUGUGCACGAAUCAUUGGAAACAGAACCAUUUAUGUGGACUCCCUCCAGAUGCAAGGGGAAAUUGAAAACCGAAUUACUGCUGCGUUUACCAUGAUUGGCACCUCAACGCAUUUGUCUGACCAGUGCUCGCAGUUUGCGAUUCCUUCCUUCUGCCACUUCGUGUUCCCCCUGUGUGACGAGCGCUCUCGGACCCCCAAGCCGCGGGAGCUGUGCCGGGAUGAGUGUGAAGUUCUGGAGAAUGAUCUCUGUAGGCAGGAGUACAACAUUGCCAGGUCAAACCCCCUCAUCCUGAUGCAGCUGCAGUUGCCUAAAUGCGAGGACCUCCCGCGCCCGGACACCUUGGAGGCUGCCAACUGCAUAAGGAUUGGGAUCCCUGUGGAGAGGCUGAGCCAAUAUCAUCAAUGCUACAAUGGCUCUGGAGCUGACUACAGAGGGACUGUCAGUGUUACCAAGUCUGGCCACACUUGCCAACUGUGGGACUCACAGAGUCCCCACAACCAUGAUCUGACAAGCACACAGUUUCCAGAACUAGGUGGAGGACAUGCGUAUUGUCGAAAUCCUGGAGGUCAAAUGGAUGGUCCCUGGUGUUUUACAAAGAAUAAAAACGUACGCAUGGAACUGUGUGACAUACCUUCUUGUAGUCCACGUGACAACAGCAAAAUGGGAAUCCUCUACAUCCUUGUUCCCAGCAUAGCCAUCCCUUUGGUGAUAGCCUGCCUUUUCUUCCUGGUCUGUGUGUGCAGAAACAAGCAGAAGGCAUCUGCUGCUACACCACAGCGCCGCCAGCUGAUGGUAUCUCCCAGCCAAGAUAUGGAAAUGCCUCUCAUUAAUCAACACAAACAGGCUAAGCUUAAAGAAAUUAAUCUGUCCACUGUGCGAUUUAUGGAGGAGCUAGGAGAGGAGAGAUUUGGCAAAGUCUACAAGGGGCAUCUCUUUGGUACAGCACCAGGUGAACAGGCACAAGCCGUUGCCAUUAAGACACUUAAAGACAAAGCAGAACUGGCUCUUCGGGAAGAAUUUAAACAUGAGGCAAUGAUGAGAUCACGAUUACAGCACCCAAACAUAGUUUGUUUGCUAGGAAUAGUGACAAAGGAGCAACCUAUAAGUAUGAUAUUUAGUUAUUGUUCCCAGAGUGAUCUCCAUGAGUUCUUGGUGAUGAGAUCUCCCCACUCAGAUGUUGGCAGCACUGAUGAUGACAAGACAGUGAAAUCCACUCUGGAACCAGCAGACUUUUUUCACAUUGUGACUCAGAUAGCUGCAGGAAUGGAGUAUCUUUCUAGCCACCAUGUUGUCCACAAGGACUUGGCCACUAGAAAUAUACUGGUGUUCGAUAAACUGAACGUUAAAAUAUCUGAUUUGGGCCUUUUCAGAGAAGUUUAUGCUGCUGAUUACUACAAACUGAUGGGAAAUUCCCUUCUUCCUAUCCGGUGGAUGUCCCCUGAGGCUAUUAUGUACGGCAAGUUUUCUAUCGAUUCGGAUAUAUGGUCAUACGGAGUUGUAUUGUGGGAAGUUUUCAGCUAUGGCCUGCAGCCAUACUGUGGUUAUUCCAACCAGGAUGUCAUUGAGAUGAUCAGGAACCGACAAGUUUUGCCAUGUCCCGAUGACUGCCCCACAUGGAUAUACACUUUGAUGUUGGAGUGUUGGAAUGAAUUUCCCAACAGAAGACCAAGAUUUAAAGAUAUACAUAACAGACUAAGAACGUGGGGGAACCUUUCUAAUUACAACAGCUCAGCGCAAACUUCUGGGGCAAGCAACACCACACAAACAAGUUCUCUCAGCACAAGCCCUGUUAGCAAUGUCAGCAAUGCUAGAUACAUUGGACCAAAGCAGAAAACUCCAGCCUUCCCUCAACCUCAGUUCAUACAAAUGAAAGGCCAGAUGAGACCGAUGGUCCCCCCUCCUCAGCUCUACAUUCCAGUCAAUGGUUACCAGCCAAUGCCUGCCUAUGGUGCCUACUUGCCAAAUUUUUAUCCCGUCCAAAUUCCAAUGCAAAUGGCUCCUCAGCAAAUACCUCCCCAGAUCAUUCCCAAACCAGGCUCUCACCACAGUGGGAGCGGGUCUACCAGCACAGGCUAUGUGACAACAGCACCUUCCAACGCGUCGGUGGCUGACAGGGCUGCUCUGCUGUCAGAAGGCACGGAUGACACACACAAUGGAACGGAAGAUAUUGCCCAGAACCCUGUCCAGGAGGAGGAGGAAGAAGAGGGCUCUGUGCCUGAAACAGAAUUGCUUGGUGAUAAUGACACACUUCAGAUGGAUGAAGCAGAAAUUCAGUCGGAAACCUAAGGAAUUUGGCCUCAUUGCUAAGAAUUACACAUUGCUUCCAUGCAUGGACACAAUAGAUCCUUAGGCUUAAUAGAUUGAUCUGACUCAAAGAAACAAAACUAAAAAAAGGCAACAUCCAUUUCAAAGUGCAGCAGUAAUGACAUACCAGGUUUAAUGACCAUUGCACCAGCAGAUUUUUGAAAUAUGGUGGUAUAGACUUGCUGGGUUUAAUCUUUUUUACUGUCCUAAAGUUUUUGAGAGAAGUUGCUUUUCAAAUAUGUACUGUUGCUGUGCAACAUAUUGCAGAGUAGCAUUGCACAUCAUGUAUAUCACGAUAUAUGAGUGUAAUGUUAGUGAAUUAUGCUUAAACCAAUAACACAAAAAGGAAUCCAGCUAUGGUUGCAGAAUUGCUCUAAGCAUAAAGAAGUGCCCUGGAUGUGAUGGACAACUUAGUUUGUAGUAUUUAUCUCUUCGACAUAAUGGACACAAGAUUGUUUGCUUUUUGAGUCUGAAAAAUUAAUUUGAGAAUAAUGUUCUGUGUUUGUAUCACAAUAACAAGAAAAGGGGGAAACAACAUAAAAUUGACUGUGCUGAGUAAUACCACGGGUCAGUAGCAGCCCAGUAGCAUGUCUUGAAAGACCAUUGAUGAUGCCUGAUGAGGGAUAGUCUUCAAGGGCAAUUUCCCUUGCAGAAAUUUCCCAGGGUAUUGCCCCAGCCUCCAGCAAUUUGUGGCUUAGAGUUUUCCCAAGACAGAAGUGGAUUUUUUUUCCUGUUAAAUAGCCUUUGAUGGAAUUUUCUACCGUGAAUUUAUCCAAAUGACUUUGAACUCACAUAGAGCUAGAGUAUCCACAACAGCUGGUGGAAUAACAUGAGAGGAGAAAGGAUGGUUUUCUUUCAUCACUUUGGGUGAAUGACUGACAGAAGCUUCCCAAUGAGAUCAACUGACUGCAUUUGUAGAUGAAAGUAUUCCUUCUCUGCUGUGUUUUUUCAACAGCAAACAGCCUUAAUACACUGUUAACCAAAAAUGGGGAUAUUGUAGGGGAUAUUAUAGGUGUGCACUAACUUAAUAAAUCCAACUUUAAUUGGUUAUCAAGUAUAGAAAAAAGCUGCACAUGUGUGUUCCUACAUUGUAAAAGUGUUGGGUUUUGUGCGGGGUUAUAGACUUACUUGAUUUACCACAGUUACUGCUGGAUUGCAUAUGAAAUUAUGUUUUUUUCCCAACGUUUUAGUAAAAAUGAUCUUUGAACCUUAGAAGACCAAAACAAGCAAUAAUGUACAAGGUGCUGUUUUUGUGCUUCUAUUUGCAGGAUGAAUCAUGUACAGACCUUUAAAUGUAAUUUAUGUUUUACUACAUUUUAUAUGCAUUUUUUUCAUUGUAAUAUUUGGAUUUUUGAAUGAAUGACUUUAUAACUUAACCAUUUACAAUAUUCACAUGUGGUGCAGUUUUAUGGUAUUGUUGUUUCAUUUUGUUAAACAUGCAGACAGGUCCAUACAUUUCAUGACCCCUUUCUGUAAUCCAAGUGGUACACAUUCUCAUUGUAGCAUUGUAGCCAACACACACUGUAGCUAUAAGUUCUACAUCCAACAUGGAGUAUUCAAUAAAGUGAUGCAAAAAGUAUGAUGAAGCAUGUUAUCCUACAGCCACUGUUGUUUUUAUGGUACUUUGUGGAAAUAGAAAUGGCCUCAAUUGCUUAAGUUGCAGGUUUCACACUUAAACUACAACUUUUUUUUUUAUUCCAUUGGGAUUCACUUGUAAGUCAUGUAUCAUUGUGAUCUACACCCUGUGUUCAAGGUAUGGCAGCAUACUUAUUUCUGGCAUUUCACCUGGACUUGGAAAUGCACUGGUAGGAAUAAAAUAUGAAAGCUUUAUUACUUGUGUUAAUAUAAUGCAGCUUUGGGUGCUUGUACUAAAUAAAGGAUAAAUAAAAAAGAAAAAAGGAUGAAAUUUA